AAGGGAAGGGAAGAGAUGGCGAUGGCGAUGGCGAUGGCGAUCCUCCUCUCCAUCCUCUUGGGCGCCGCCAUCGCCCUCCUCUUCUUCCUCUCUCGCCGCAACCGCCCCUCUCCGGCCCCCGUCCCCGCCCCAGACCGCCCUAAGAAAGUCCGACCCUCCAACCCACCUAAGAAGCGAUACGCCUCCGCCUCCGCCUCCGCCGACAAGGAUGCUGCGAAAAAGCAACACCAUCUUGUUGUCAAUACUUUGAGGGGCCAUACUGAUUCCGUCACCACACUUCAUUUCUCUGAUGAUGGCUGCAACCUAGCCACCGCAUGUGCAGAUGGAGCUGUGAGAGUAUUCAGGGUUGAUGAUGUCUCAAGCAAGAGCUUUAAAAUUCUGAGGAUAAACUUGCCCGCCGGGGCACACCCUACAGCUAUUGCUUUCUCAGAAGGGGCAUCAUCAGUUGUUGUGGCAGCACAAGCACUUCUGGGCUCAUCUCUCUAUAUGUAUGCUGAUGUUGGUGCUCCUCCAGCUGGGGGGAGCAAACAACAGGGCAAGCUUUCUCCCCCUGAGAUAAAGUGGGAACACCAUAAGAUUCAUGGCAAGGAAUCGGUGUUGAAUCUUGCGGCAGCUCGUGCAACCUAUGGGACUGGUGAUCGCAGCACAAUAUUGAUUUCUUGCUCCGAAGCAACUGAUAUUAAAGUUUGGCAUGGGAAAAGUGGAAAGGAGUUGGGAACAGUUGACACCAAUCAAUUGAAAAAUAAUAUGGCUGACAUAUCCCCGAAUGGCCGCUUCAUAGCUGCAGCAGCUUUUACAGCUGAUGUCAAGCUGUGGGAGAUUGUUUAUUCAAAGGACAGUUCUGUGAAGGAGGUCACUAGAGUUAUGCAACUUAAAGGUCACAAGAGUGCUGUUACUUGCCUGUGUUUUGCCCCGAAUUCUGAGCAGAUUAUUACUGCUUCGAAGGAUGGUACAAUUCGAGUAUGGAACAUUAAUGUAAGGUAUCAACUUGAUGAGGACCCAAAAACCUUGAGAGUUUUGGCAAUUCCACUACAUGAUUCAAAAGGUUCUGUUUGCCAGUAUGAUCACAUGAGUGUAUCUCCUGAUGGGAAAGUUCUAGCUACAACAAGUGGAUCAACGUUGCAAUGGUUAUGUGUGGAAACUGGUGCAGUUCUUGAUACAGCUGAGAAAGCACAUGAAGGUGAUAUAACUGGCAUUGCCUGGGCACCACGAACAAUUCCAAAUGGUGGAGUUCCUGCUUUUGUUUUAGCGACUGCUGGAGUGGACAAAAAGGUGAAACUGUGGUUAGCUCCUAAGGUUAUUUCAACUUGAAUGACUGGUCGGAUCCUGGUCACCCUGUACAAGGCAGAUUCGGCGUGGGCACUGAAGGAAGAGAAACGAUGCAAGAUACUGCAAAUAUGUUGCUUGACAUGCACCACCGAAGCUUAAGUUUGGAAUCCGUUUUGCUUGA